UUACAUCAGAACAAAUAAUGAUAAAUCAGUAUAAAAUCAUACACGCACACAAUCCUUUUCUCCCUAAAAAUAUAGUUUUAAAAAUAUUAACCAGAUAUUUUUGGUCGUUUUUACAUAGAUAUUUAUGAUUUUCCAUCCAAAAUUGAUUAAGAUACUUGGUUUGUAUGUGUAGUAAUAUAUCUAAUAAAUCAAUCAAUUAAAUUCGCUGUUAUCAGAUAAGAGUACGUCUAGAAAGUAAUGGCAAUUUGAUUAUAUCAUUGUGUUAUGCCAAUGUGUGCAUCACGUACUACUAAUUCUGUACUAACAUUGCAAACUACACGCGAUACUACUCUGUGUCUAAUAAUACAACCCGUCGCGUUCGUACCGGAAAAAGACGGUUCGUAUUACUGAUGAUUCCUUCUUAAUGCCAGUUACGGGUUGACAGUCGCAAACUUGAAGGAGGUAAUCUAAAGAUAUGGUGCCCACCCCGAAGUAUAAGACCGUGCAUUCGACGAAACUUGGAAGAUACCUUGUAGCAGCUAGAAAUAUAGAGCCAGGAGAAGUUAUCAUUCGAGAGGAACCAAUUGUAGUCGGCCCGAUAUAUAGGAAAGAUUGCUUCUGCUUUGCAUGCUUACGUUCUUUAACAAAUAUAGACGGAGGAAAACAGUAUGUUUGUUCCAAAUGUAAUGUAGCAUCGUUGUGCAGCGUUGCAUGCGAGAUAAGAACGACUCAUCACACAAAUGAUGAAUGCCAGAUGUUUAAGAACAAUCGAGAUCUAUUGAUAGAAAAUGAUGAUGAAAUUAACGCGACAGGAAUAUUGCUAGCCUUGCGAUUAUUGCUAAUAAAAUAUAGAAAUCCAGCUGUAUGGGAAAAAAUAAAUUAUAUGGAGGCUCAUUUAGAUAAAAGGAUAGGCACAUCCAUCUGGAAGGACAGAGAAGUCAAUAUUGUAGACGUGAUUCGGAGGCUUCGCAUGCCCGCUGAGAUUGAGCCACCGAGUGCGGAAUUAAUGCAGAAAUUAUGCGGCAUUUUAGAUGUGAAUGCCUUCCAGUUGCGAUCACCUGGCGCUCUUGACGGUCUUCUUCUUCGAGGAUUAUACAUCGAGGCGACUCUGAUGGCUCAUGACUGCAGGGGUAACACUCACCUCUCGGUGGAUGACAAUUUCCAGUUGACUAUUUAUGCAAGCGUAACGAUCAAAGAGGAUGAGCCUAUUCUUUUCAAUUAUACUUCAUCGCUUUUGGGUACAGCUGACAGAAAGGAGCAUCUUCGCGAGGGAAAGUAUUUCGAAUGUGAAUGCUCUUUGUGCAGAGAUCCUUACGAAUUAGAGUCGCAUUUAAGUAGUGUGUUAUGUCCACAUUGUAAAGAGGGAUUCGUAGGAAUGCAAGAUACUUCCAGCCUCAAUCCAUAUGAGCGAGGGAGUCGAUGGCAAUGUCAAAUGUGCAAGAGGACUUUUAGUGGUCGUCUUAUCAGAGCUACAUUAAACAUAUGUCGAACGCUCAUCGAUGACUGCGAUAUUGACAUAAAAAGUAUAGAGGGCUUACUUAAAAGAUUAUCCCGAUCAUUGCACACCAAUCAUUUCCUGAUGCUAUCCUUGAAGCAGAAAUUAUUGAUGUUGUGUAGAAAAGAAAUAAUAUCUCCGAACCCUCAGAAAAAAAUCAUACAAAAGAUGUUGGAUACGUGUAAGGAAGUCUAUAAUGUUUUAGAUAUAGUAGAGCCAGGCAUAUCACGUUUAAAAGGCAUAAUGUUGUACGAAAUGCAUUUACCUAUGAUUAUACUGGCGAAUCGAUCUUAUUCUGCACGUGAGAUCUCAUCGGCGCAACUAGCCUGCCGACUGGAAGAGGCUAGAGAUCUUCUAAAGAAAGCUCUGACUAUGCUCUUUUUGGAACCAGUGACAACUCCAGAAGGGAAAUUGGCUAAAAGAGCACUGGAAGAAUUGCGAACGCUAAACCAAAAUAUAAGCGACGUCAAGUCUUUGCCGUCAGACAAACCGAAAAUCCAUGUUCGUAAAGCAAAAGUACACCGCAAAAAGAUCAAAUGAUAUCUAUACUUUUGCUUUUCUGUGAAUUAGUAUAUAUAUAAUAUUAGUUAUAUAUAGAAGAUAGUUUCUUUUUUCUUGUAAAGGUAAGUAAUGUUAA